AUGGCUCGAGCGGAAAUAGGUACAGCGAAGUACCAAUCCAAGAAGCUCAAGAUGGCGGGACUCCAGAAACUUAAAUUUUAUUGCCAGCUUUGUGAAAAACAGUGUAGAGAUGCUAAUGGAUUCAAGAAUCAUAUUGCCUCUCCAAGUCAUCAGAGGAAAAUUCAAUCUCUCAAUGAUGAAGGACAAGGUAAAACAGUUGUAGAAAACUACUCAGAGCAGUUUGAGAAAGACUUCAUGAGGUUGUUGAGGAUAAAUCAUGGUACAAAGAAGAUCAAUGCUAACAAAUUCUACCAAGAAUACAUAUUGAAUGAUAGAGAUCACGUCCAUAUGAACUCUACGAAGUGGUCCAGCCUCACCUCUUUCAUCAAAUAUUUGGGACAAAGAGGUUUGGUACGUGUGGAACAGGGAGGUUCCGGAAACGAAGACGAGUUUAACCUUGAAAUACGUUUGGUAGACCAAUCUAUCGAGAUUCAACAGAACCAAAAGGAGAAGCUUAAGGCUGAAAACAAACGUUCAGAUGAACAGUUAACCAAUAAGUUCCUCGAAGAACAAAUAAGAAGAGGGAAAGAGUCUGCCAAAUUAAACGAAGAGAGCCAACCUGAAGAUGUGCAAGUACCGGUUACAGUUCAAUCGGGUCCUAUUAAGGUAUCUUUAAAAUCAACAGGCAUAACAAAGAAAUUACAAAGACCUUCUAAAUCAAUUUUUGGUGACGCUGCAUCAGAUGACGAAGUUGAAGCUGACAAGAAGCCAGAGCCGAAAGAAACUAAAGGUAAGAUAAAAUUCGGUUCUAUUAAGAAACACUAA